GGGCCGUCCCUAUACCUUCCUCUGACGCGCGUAUGUUACUGGCCAAGGACACUAAAACAUAACAGGCAUCAUGGCGGCUCGAUUAAUAUUUGGCUUGACCUGUUUGCUUCCACUACUCGGUACGUGUUUGGGCCAGUACAGAGAAUUAACGCCUAUGGAGGGAAACCAAUGUCCCGCCAACUGGGUGGAUGCAAACAGCAAAUGUUACCUGUUCGUUACCUCGGAGAAGAUAACCUUUGAAGAGGCGGUUACCGAGUGUAACGAGCAGCAAGCAACUCUACUGGUUAUCGAUACCCAGGAUGAUGUGGACUUUUUGUCAGAUGAACUGGAUGUAUACCCAACUGACGGCUUCUGGACGGCCUUAGUGCGCCAGGAAAGCUACUGGUACUGGAAAGAUCAGUAUGGUGUCGAUAUGUCAUUAAUAAAAUGGAACGUAGAACCUGACAACGCCAAUGGUAAAGAGAAUUGCGGAGCCGUCAACACCCAGUUAACGUUCAGCGAUGAGGACUGUGCCCAGAAACUGGGGUUUAUCUGCGAAAUGCCGCUGAAACAGGAUCCGGACAACCCAUGUUCCGAAGGCUGGGGUAUCGGGCAAACAAACUGCUAUUAUGUAAGCAGCCGUGAAGACCCCACCGAGAUGCUAACGUGGAAAGAUGCCGUGGACAAAUGUAAAUACAUGGAUGACGGAUCUUCACUGCUGGCUAUGAGAGAUGACGAAAAGGCUUACCUUACCCUGGUUCUCCCAGAACAAGUCGAUGGAACCUUCAAAUGGUGGACGUCUCUAAAUCGUCAGGACAACAGCCUGUACUGGGGCACUCAGUAUGCUGAUAGCCAGCAAAUAAAGUGGACAAAAGAGCCAAAUAACCUAGGAGGGGGAGAGAACUGUGGCGUGCUGUAUGACAACGAGAUGUUCUCGGACGCUGACUGCACACAGGAGAAAAACUACAUCUGUGAGAAGAACGAUAAUACGAUUCCACAAAACGCGGAGGUUGGGAUAUUUGGAUGUGACCGGUCAUGGAUGAGGGCCGGACAUAAAUGUUACUACUUUGAGUCAACCUACAAGGCCACUUGGUCAGAUGGCCGCCAGACCUGUCUAGAGGUCGGAGGGGAUUUCCUAAAAACAGAAAAUCCGGAUGAAGCGGCGUGGGUGUCGUGGGUUCUCAGCUCCAUCGAUUGGCAGGCUUACUGGUCAGGGCUGAACGAUCAGAGCACAGAAGGUACCUGGGUAUGGGCGGACGGUACAGCACUGAAGCCAGACGUAGUGCAAUGGAACGCCGAACCGAAUGAUGUGGCUGGCAAAGAGGACUGCGCCAUGUUGAUGCCGGACGGUGUGUUCAAUGAUGGACGCUGUGGAUUCAAAACCGGCUAUAUCUGCGAGGCGUAUCCCGAAGAUUCGCCCUGUCCCAGCACGUGGAUUGACCAAGAUGCCGCCUGUUACUUCUUUCAACCUGGGAAUAGCGAAAACACCUCUCUCACGUGGUACGAGGCCCGUGAUCGCUGCCGAGACCUGGCUUUACCGGCCAAUGGCUUUCUUGUAGCUCUAAGCAGCCGCACUGAACAGGAAUUUGUGAUACAGAACGUAAUGGGUUUUGGUCCCGAUGCCACCGCCUUCUGGACUGGCCUAAAUGACCGUUUUGACGAAGGGCUGUGGACAUACGAUACAGAUUUUAAUAAUCCUCCUGAUAUGUCGCUCAUACAAUGGAACACUGAGCCAAACGGUGGACAAGAUGCCAACUGUGCAGUGAUUAUGAGUGGUGCCAGGUACGAUGACCAAGACUGUAACAUUAAACACAACUUUAUCUGCGAGAAACCCGUGCAAGCUUCCCAUUAUCUGCGAUAUGGCAACGGAUCUAACGAUGGCGGAAAGUGCUUACCAAGUCCAGCAACUCUAUCUGCUGCCCUUCUCGUCAUUAUCUGCAUCACCUCAAUAUGGAAUCGUUUACAGUAAACAUCCUCCAGCCCCGCCUUUUGAUUUAUUUAUUGACAAAUUACCGUUACACGUAUGGUGGUGGAUGGUGGCAUAUCUGGAAUCUACAUUCCGCAGAUGGGGUCCGAUUGGGGAUGCUGCAGUGCCCGUUUUGUUCAAAAGUGUAU